CGCCCGCGACCACAACACGAACAACAAGGGUUUGCUACCCGACAUUUAUGUUCACCUUAUGGUAAGGGUGGCAGAAAUGACGGUCGCGUAUAAUCAUGGAAGAUAAACAUUGGGACAAUUUUCUCGCAUCAAAUGAGGCUAACGUUAUAUGAGUUUAGAGGAGAGCCGCUACGUGUGUCUCAAAUACCGACCCCCUCCUCCUCCGCUGGCAAUUUAUAAAGAACAAAAAAUCAGACUAGGGAGGGGGUUGAUACUCCGAAGCUGAAAUCGAGAGGCGAACCCAGUUAAGGAGUAUUUUUUUACACGGGACUUCCCCAAAAGGAGGGGGAAAAGUCACAAUUGUGGAAUCUAAAAGAAAAUUAAGGUUCAAAAUACGUGAGAACGUCUCCCGUUGUGGAUUCCGUAUAUAUUUUUAAUUCGAAAAAAUAUGGCCGAGAACGUUCUGGACUCUGGCCCGCCUUCAGCCAAGAGGCCUAAACUAUCCUCUCCGGCACUUUCUGCCUCCGCCAGCGAUGGAAACGAUUUCGGCUCAUUGUUCGACCUGGAGCAUGACCUCCCUGACGAGCUCAUCAAUUCCUCGGAGUUGGGCCUGGUCAACGGAGGGGACCUCAGCCAGUUGCACACCAGUCUGGGGGGAGGCGGUGGAAUGGGCCUGGGCCUGGGAGGGGGGGGUGGCCAGGAUGCAGUGGCCAAGCACAAGCAGCUUUCAGAGCUCCUUCGAUCAGGCGCUCCACAUGCCUCCACACAGCAGGGCCAGGGUGUGGUGGGCAGCCCAGGCGGGGCCAGCAUGGGCCACCUGGGGAACAUGAAGGUAUCCCCUGGGCCCCAGGGCAUGGGCCAGCAGCAACACCUCUCACCCCAGCAGCAGGCCAGCAUGAUGCAGCAGCAGGUGGGGAUGGUGGGUGCCAUGAACAGGGGCAUGAUUGGGGCCCAGAAGGGCAACGGACAGCAGCAGCAAGCCAUGAUGGGGGGGCCGGUGAUGAACGUCCCCAGGAUGAGCUUCUCGAACCAGGGGAUGGUGGGGAACAGUAACAUGUUGGCUGAGACUCUGCAGCAGCAGGGCGCCGGGGGACAGGCUGGACUCAGAGUACAGCAACCUGGAGCACUGAAUAAGAUGGGUAUGGUGGGUAACCCAGGCCCCUAUGGAGUCCCCUAUGGUGAGCAGCAGGCAGGCCAGGGCCUGGGGGGAGCAGGGCUGGGCCCUCCGCUCCAGAACAAAGGCUCCAUGCCCAACAGCCUGGCCCAGUUCAGCAUGGACAAGAAGAGCCAGCCCAUGCAGGGCAUGGCUGCCAUGGCCACACAGCAGUCUGCCACAGGUGUGGGCGGUGGAGCCGGAGGCACUGCAGGGUUGGUCCCCAACGCCCAGGGAGGCCUGGGGCCCGCCGUGUCUGCAGCAGCUGGGGCGCCCCCUACAGCCGACCCUGAGAAGCGCAAGCUGAUCCAGCAGCAGCUGGUACUCCUGCUCCAUGCACACAAGUGCCAGCGGCGGGAACAAGCCAACGGGGAGGUGCGCCAGUGCAACUUGCCACACUGCCGCACCAUGAAGAACGUCCUCAACCACAUGACCCACUGCCAGGCCGGCAAGUCCUGCCAGGUGGCUCACUGUGCGUCAUCCAGACAGAUCAUCUCUCACUGGAAGAACUGUACGCGGCACGACUGUCCUGUCUGCCUGCCGCUCAAGAAUGCCGGGGACAAGAGGAACCAGCAGUCUCUGCUAGGAGGUGCUGGUGUAGGUCUGGGUAGUUCCCUGGGCUCGGUGCCCGGAGGCCAGCCCAGCUCCGCCAAUCUCAACCCCCCCAGCCAGAUCGACCCCAGCUCAAUUGAAAGGGCCUACGCCGCCCUGGGCCUCACUUACCAGGGCACCCAGAUCCAGAGCCAGCCCAACCAGGCUUCUCUGCCCUCACAGGGUCUGCAGGGACAGCCGGGCAUGAGGCCGCUCAACCCUAUGGGGGGUAACCCAAUGGGGGUGAAUGGAGGAAUGGGUGUUUCACCCCAGAACCAGCAGGCCAGCCUGCUGCAGGAUACCAUGCUCCACCUCAACAUGAACUCCCAGGGUCUGAUGAAUGAUGCGGGUGGGACGGGUAACAUGGGCUCCAUGCCCAUGGCGACCCCACCCUCUGCAGCGGGUAUGAGGAAGAGUUGGCAUGAGGACAUCACCCAGGACCUGAGGAACCACCUGGUGCACAAACUGGUGCAAGCCAUCUUCCCGACCCCGGACCCCGCUGCUCUAAAAGACCGGCGGAUGGAGAACCUGGUGGCGUACGCUAGGAAGGUGGAGGGGGACAUGUAUGAGUCAGCCAACAGCAGGGCGGAGUACUACCACCUGUUGGCUGAGAAGAUCUAUAAGAUCCAAAAGGAAUUGGAGGAGAAGAGGCGAACGCGGCUCCAAAAGCAGGAUGGUCCCCUCCCUGACCCCUCUCUGGUGCGGCCCGGUGGACCCAACCAGAUGGUGACUAGGAUGCAGAAUCCGGCAGGUAUGAACCAGUUCAACCAGAUGGGGAUGCAGUCUAUGGGCCAGAGGUCCACCCCUCCUCUCCCCCUCACACCCAUCAACCAGAUGGGCAUGGGGAACCCCAGGAUGGGCCAGCCCAACGUGGGCCAGAACCAGUACCUUCCCCAGGGACAGUUCCCAGGCUCCAGCCCAGGACCAGGCCUCGGCACGGGGCAGCCCGGCAUGGCACAGCCUGGUAUGAACCAGCAAGGCAACCAGGGAGGCAUGGCACAGACUCCAAUGCCCAUUCCUUCCCCUCUCCCCGCCAACAGCCCUCUAGCCGGGCCCGGUUCGGUCGGAGGGGGUAGCGGUGUCCCCUCGGUGGGGCCCAUGGGUCCCCAGAGUGUGGGUGGAGGCCCCUCGUCCAACAACCCCCAGCAGCCCAACUCAAUAACCCACCUCUCGGCCAUGCGCCAGAGCUCGCCCUCCCCCGCCCGCAGCAUCACCCCCACACCCCACCAAACACCACCCAGGCUAGCAGGCUCACAGACCCCCCAGCCCCACACCCCUAACCCGCCCCAGCUGCCCCCCCCAGGCCCCCAGCAGCAACUAGGGCCCGGCAGCCAGGGGCCAGGCUCCAAUAAGCCCAUGCAGCAGGGAAUGGGAGCAGGGGCCACCACGCCAUCUCACCCUGGUCACCCCUCCACAACACCCAACCCCCAUGGGGCCCAGCUCCCUCGCACGCCUCGCACUCCGAUGUCCCAGAAGGGUGGCUUCCAGUCGCAGGACUGUCAGGCUCUGACCCCAGCGUCAGUCAGCAGUGUGGACACGGCCUCCCAGCAGGCUUCCCAGUCGGACGCCUCGGCCUCCGUGGACCCAAAGGCGGAGGUCAAGCAGCAGCAGGACGAGGAGGACGACUGGGAGGAAGGCUGCUCCAAGGGGGGGAAGCUAUCCAACAUCAAGACGGAGAACAAACCCAUCAAAAUGGAGGGGGUGAAGAAAGAGGAGUGUGGAGGCCAAGGGGGCAAAGGUGUUCCCAUGGAAACGUUGUCAUCGUCGGGGGUUAAGAGUGAGGAAAGGGUGAAGAUGGAAGACCGGAAACUGGAGGUGAAGAAGGAGCCGAAAGAGGAGGAGAAGGGAUCAGAUUCCCCUGGUAUUCCGUCUGGUGCCCAGAGCAAGAAGAAGAUCUUCAAGCCAGAGGAGCUGCGCCAGGCGUUGAUGCCUACCCUGGAGUCUCUGUAUCGCCAGGACCCAGAGUCUCUGCCCUUCAGACAGCCUGUGGACCCUCAUCUACUGGGCAUACCUGACUACUUUGACAUAGUGAAGACCCCCAUGGACCUGUCCACUAUAAAGCGUAAGCUGGACACUGGUCAGUACCAGGAACCCUGGCAGUACGUGGACGACAUCUGGGUCAUGUUGAACAACGCCUGGCUGUACAACCGCAAGACGUCCCGCGUCUACAAGUACUGCUCCAAGCUGGCCGAGGUGUUUGAGGCUGAGAUAGACCCCGUCAUGGUCAGCCUGGGCUACUGCUGUGGCAGGAAGUUGGAGUUCUCUCCCCAGACGUUGUGCUGCUAUGGGAAGCAGCUGUGCACUAUUCCCCGGGACGCUGCCUACUUCAGCUACCAGAACAGGUACCACUUCUGUGAGAAGUGCUUCAACGAAAUCCAGGGGGACAACGUGUCCCUGGGAGACGACCCCUCCCAGCCUCCGACUUCCAUCGGUAAAGAUCAGUUUGAGAAGAAGAAGAAUGACACACUGGAUCCUGAAUUACUUGUGGAAUGUAUGGACUGCGGACGUAAGAUGCACCAGAUCUGUGUCCUGCACAACGACACUAUCUGGCCGUUAGGUUUUAAUUGUGAUGGCUGCUUAAAGAAGUUGAAUAAGACGCGGAGAGAGAACAAGUAUGCUGCCAAAAGGUUGCCCCACACUAAGCUGGGCUGUUAUUUGGAGACUAGAGUGAAUGACUACCUGAAGCGUCAGAGCCACCCUGAGUCGGGUGACGUCACCAUCCGAGUGGUCCACGUCUCAGACAAGGUGGUGGAGGUCAAACCAGGCAUGAAGUCCAGGUUUGUGGACACUGGGGAGAUGUGUGAGUCAUUCCCAUACAGAACGAAAGCCCUGUUUGCGUUUGAGGACAUCGAUGGAGCUGAUGUCUGCUUCUUCGGCAUGCAUGUACAGGAGUACGGCUCGGACUGCCCUCCUCCCAAUCAGAGACGCGUGUACAUCUCGUACCUGGACAGUGUUCACUUCUUCCAGCCUCGUUCUCUGAGGACAGGCGUCUACCAUGAGAUUCUCAUUGGCUAUCUGGAGUAUGUCAAGAAGCUGGGGUACACGACGGGUCACAUCUGGGCGUGCCCACCUAGUGAAGGGGACGACUACAUCUUCCACUGCCACCCUAUGGACCAGAAGAUCCCCAAGCCCAAGAGGCUUCAGGAGUGGUAUAGGAAGAUGCUGGACAAGGCUGUGGCAGAGCGUAUUGUGCAUGACUUCAAGGACAUCUUCAAGCAGGCCACGGAGGACCGUCUGACAAGUGCCAAGGAGCUGCCGUACUUUGAGGGGGACUUCUGGCCCAACGUGCUGGAGGAGAGCAUCAAGGAGCUGGAGCAGGAGGAGGAGGAGAGGAAGAGAGAGGAAAACAGCACUUCCAACGAGAGCAUAGAUGUAAGUGGGAUGGACAUUUACCACAAGGCCACGAAGGGCGACAGCAAGAACGCCAAGAAGAAGAACACCAAGAAGACUUCUAAGAAUAAGAGCAGCAUGAGCCGAGCCAAUAAGAAGAAGCCAGGCUUGCCCAACGUGUCCAAUGACCUCUCUCAGAAACUCUACGCCAGCAUGGAGAAGCACAAAGAGGUAUUCUUUGUGAUCCGUCUGAUAGCGGCGCCUAUGUCCAACACGCUGGGCCCCAUCACGGACCCCGACGGCCUAAUGGCCUGCGACCUGAUGGAUGGGCGCGACGCCUUUCUCACCCUGGCCCGCGACAAACACCUGGAGUUCAGCUCGCUGCGCAGGUCCAAGUGGAGCUCCAUGUGCAUGCUGGUGGAGCUCCACAACCAGAGCCAGGACCGCUUCGUUUACACCUGCAAUGAGUGCAAGGGCCACGUGGAGACACGCUACCACUGCACCGUCUGCGAGGACUAUGACCUGUGCAUCACCUGCUACAACUCUAAGGGGCACAUUCACAAGAUGGAGAAGCUGGGUCUGGGCCUGGAUGACGAGAGCAACAACUCGGCCGCUUCGUCCAUCGCCAACCCUGGAGACUCGCGCCGCCUCAGCAUCCAGCGCUGCAUCCAGUCUCUGGUCCACGCCUGCCAGUGUCGCAACGCCAACUGCAGCCUGCCGUCCUGCCAGAAGAUGAAGCGUGUGGUGCAGCACACCAAAGGUUGCAAGCGCAAGACCAACGGCGGCUGCCCCAUCUGCAAGCAGCUCAUCGCCCUGUGCUGCUACCACGCCAAGCACUGCCAGGAGAACAAGUGUCCUGUACCGUUCUGUCUGAACAUCAAGCACAAGCUGAGGCAGCAGCAGCUCCAGCACCGUCUCCAGCAGGCCCAGAUGCUGCGGAGGAGGAUGGCCAGCAUGCAGAGGGUGGGUCAGCCACCUCCGGGACCGGGGGGCAACGGUGGGCUACCGUCCCCGGGAAACAACGGCACUACAGGGCCCAGUACCCCCAUGUCCGUGGGCACGCAGCCCCCGCCUCAGACCCCCACUCAGGGGAACAUGCCCCUCGGACCCCAGCAGGGGAUGGGUCAGGGCCCCCCAGGGCAACAGCAGCAGUUACAGCAGCAGGGCGGCAUUCCCCAGCAGCACCACAUGCACCACCAGUUCCAGCAGCAGAUGCAGCAUAGUGGAGGGGUAAUGAUGAACUCUCCUCAGCAGCAACAGAUGGUCCAACAACAGCUCCAACAGCAGCAGCAGCAGGGCCAGUCUCCAAAUGUCCAGCAGAUGAAGCACCCAGGAGGUCUUCCCCCUUACACCCCCAGACCUCCAGGUGCCUCGCCCCUCCACCAGUCCCUGGGUAAACCCGGUCUGGGCCCAGCCACACCUCCACAGCAGCAGGCAAACCCUGGCCAGGGCUCCAUGCCCCAGGGGCAGCAGCAGGGGCCUCCUCCGGCAGCGGUGGAGAUAGCGUUGAAGAUUCAGCGUGUGGCAGAGACACAGCGUCAGAUGGCCCAGGCUCAAGCACAGAUCCUCCAAAGGCAGCAGGCGGCCCAGGGUGGAGGCAUGAUGCCCCCUCACCCCCACCACCAGAACCCCCAGACCCAGAUGCAAGGCAUGGCCCACUCAGGAGCAGGCAUUGCAGGGCCCCAGGGGAUGGCUCCCCAGGGCCAGGGUGUGGCAGGGAGGACUCAUAUGGAGCAGCAGGGGAUGGUGGUGGUGGGGCAAGGAGGCAUGCAGCAGCAAGGCGGCCCCCAGUCGCAGCUCUCUCCCCAGGUUCAGCUCCAGCAGCAGGCCCAACUCCAGAAUCCUAACCAACAGCAGUGGAGCGGCCCAGGUGGGAUGGCACCCCAGCAGAGGCAAGGCAUGAUGGGACAGAUGGGUCACCUGACACCGCAGCAACAACAACAGCUUGUCCAGCAACAGCAGCAACGGCAGCUCGUCCAGCAACAACAACAGCAAGGUCAGCAGCAACAGCAGGUAGGGCAAGGGGGGUUAAUGGGGCUGAUGGGGGGUCCAGGGGGCGUGGCCGGGGCGGCAGCAGCGAUGGUGGGAACAGGGAACCUCCCCCAGGCAGCUCUACAGGACCUCCUGCGUACCCUCCGUUCCCCCAGCUCCCCCGGCCAGCAUCAACAGGUCCUCAAUAUCCUCCGCUCCAACCCCCUCCUCAUGGCUGCCUUCAUCAAGCAGCGAGCUGCCCGAUACCAGGGAGGUCCAGGGGUGCCGGGGGCCCCGGCAGGAGGGGGGCCCGGAGGCGUGCGGUUCCAGGGGGCCCCUGGUGGGGCAGGAAUGGGCCCUGGGGGUAACCAGGUGGUCAUGGAUGGUCAGCAGGUGAACGUAAACCCCGGAGUAGCCCAGCCAGGGAUGAACAUGGGCCAGGCAGGCGGAGGAGUAAAUAUGUCCACUAUGGCUCAGCUACAGCAGUUACAGCAGCAGCAACAGCAACAACAGCAACAGCAGCAACAGCAACAACAACAGCAGCAACAGCAACAACAACAGCAGCAACAGCAACAGCAGCAGCAGCAACAACAACAACAGCAGCAGCAACAACAGCAGCAACAACAACAGCAGCAGCAGCAACAACAGCAGCAGCAGCAACAGCAGCAGCAACAACAGCAGCAACAACAGCAGCAACAACAGCAACAACAGCAGCAACAACAACAGCAGCAGCAGCAACAACAACAGCAGCAGCAACAGCAGCAGCGCCCCCUCCUGCCUGGGAGUCUGCAGCAACAGCAGCAAAUGGCAGCACUACAACAACAACAAGGCGGUAUGCCAGGCCAAGGCACCCCCAUGUCCAACAUGACUCCCCAGUUCAGAGAAAUUCUGAUGAGAAGGCACCUCCAACAGCAGCAGCAGCAGCAACAGAUGAGUAACAAUGGUCAGUUCCAGCAGCCCCAGCCCCCCCAACAACAGCAGCAGGGUCAGGGCCAGCAGGGCUUCAUACAUCAGGGCCAGCCUGGUCAACCUGGCCAGACCCAGCCUGGUGGCGGGGGAGGGCCGCAGCAGGGUGGGGGAGGUCCCCAGGGGCCCCAGCCGGGUCCAGGGCAGGGCCAACAAGGACAGGGCUACCCUGGAACGAUGUCCCAGCAGGUAGCCACAGCCCUGCAACAGAGGCUACAGCACCAGAUGCAACAGCAGCAGCAGCAACAACAGCAACAGCAGGAUGGGGGUGGGGGGCCUGGGCAGCUCCAACAGGGGCAGCAGGGUCCCCAGCAAGGCCAAGGUGGUCAGCCCCAGUCUUCCCAUGCCAUGCUCCAGCAGGCCCUCCACCAGAGACUACUCCAGCAGCAGCACCUAGGAGGGGGCUCGCCUGCCCAGCACGGCAGUCCUAUGAGCCCCCAGCAGCAGAUGGCCCAGUCCCCACACCCCCACCUCCAGGGCCAGGCUCUGGGCGGUCAGUCCCUCAGUAACCAGGUGCGUUCCCCUCAGCCCUCCCCUCGGCCACAGUCCCAGCCGCCUCACUCCAGCCCCUCGCCACGCAUGCAGCCCCAGCCCUCCCCUCACCGCAUCUCCCCCCAGACACAGACAGGCUCUCCGCACCCGGGUCAUCUCUCCCAGCACCACCCUGGCAUGGUGGCCCCCCAAAACCCACAACAAUUGUCACAGCAACAACAGCAGCAGGCUAACUCUGGGGACCCGGGUACGUUUGGUUCAGACCCGAGUGCUAUGAUGUCCCAGAUAAGUGGGAUGGGAGGCUUGCAUGGCCCAGGGCAGUCAGACAUGUUGGGUAAUAACCACCAGGACCUGGGGACAAACAACCACAACAGUUUAGACAUUAUGUAGCCUACUACUACAUCUGUCUCAGUGCUCUGAAGAACUGUCCUCAUGGGGUCUGGCUGGAAGGGGGAUGGCAGUUUUUGAAGUUAUUUUUAUUUAAUAUUUUUCUGAUGUAUAAAUGAAAAGAACUCAACUUCCUAUGGGAGAUGCAACGUUAAAUCUACAAGUCAAUAAAUGAAUAAAUUGAACGAAUGGUAAGUUAUUGCUGUUAAUAUAUAUCUAUAUAUUUUUGCCAAUUGUGUACAAAAUGUGUAAGGGGUUUCUGGACAGUAGAGAUUUCUUCCUUAGUAUAUGACACAAGUAAUAUUUUUGGGGACUGAGAAUUUUGCCUUUUUUACAAAUAUUUUUAAGAUUUUAAAUGUGGUGGACAAUUGAGGUGAGUUAAUACAAUGGACCUUUCUAUCGUUCGGUUUUCCUCCAUAAAACCAGUCAUGAUUGUAUCUGUUUUGCAGAGAAGUGUUUUUUUAUUAUAAUUAUCAAUAUUAUUUUUGCUGGAUCUACAAACAAAUGUCAUAUCUUUUUUUUGGGGGGGGCAGAUGUACUGCUACAAUUCAAAUAGAAGAAUAUAUUUUUGUUAAUGACUGUCCAAAAACCGAGAGGGUUGAAAGAAGGGCAAGUGUAUUUUUUUUCUGAUUUUGUUAGGGAUCCAAGUGAAACCGAAACAUUAUUGCUGGGGAGAUGAGCAGGGGGUGGCUGAUCUCCCUCUAGGAUUGUCUGAGCAUCUCGGGUCGUUGGACGCCCAGAUCUUCUACGCCAGGGUUUCCCCCCUCCCGGGUGCAUGUUUUGGUUUUUGCCCUAGCACUAAACGGCUGAUUCAAAUAACCAACUCAUCAUCAAGCUUUGAUUAUUUGAAGCAACUGACGUGCUAGGGCAAAAGCCAAAAUGUGCACCCGGUGGGGGCCCAGGACAGAGUUUGGGUAACCCUGUCCUACACUCCCCUUUAACCCUACACUUACAAACAGGACGAUGGAUGAGAAACUUACUACUGAUGUUGCCAGCUGAUUUGGAGGAUUGAUGGAUGGCUCCAUGUAGUGUGUAUAUACCCUCAUGAACUGAAACUUGAAGGGGAUAUGGGGAAGGUGUGGCGGGCUUUCCUAGGAACUUUUGUCAACGAUGCUACCCUUCCCCUCUCAUCCUAGUCAAAAGCCCCUCUUCUUCCCCUCUCAUCCUAGUCACACGCCCCUCUUCUUUUGCCCUGAACGUUGGGUUUAAUUUAAUGUUAUUACUGUACAAAAACUGGACUUAAUGAAAUACUGUUUGUAAUAAAAUGAAAAUCAUACAUUUGCGCUGUACAAACUUUCAGACCUAUGAUGAGCAGAGACUCUUUUUCUACUGCUGAUUUUCUCGAUUUGGUUUCCUAGCAACCUGGACUCCCAAACAAUGUAAAAGUAUUGAUUUCUGAAAGGUACAGUAUAUGGGGUGUAGGUCAUGAGCACCAAUGAGCCUUUGUGUAUAUAUAUUUUUUUUUAAACUGGGGAUAUUGCAACAUAACAUCUUGAUUGCUGUGAACACCAACACAUUCACAUGAACACAUGCACAAAACGUGAGAAGGCUUAUUACUGUGGUCAGAAAAUGAAUUCAUUUUGCCUCAUAUUAAAGAAUUACACAAGAUUUCACAAGUUCACUUAUUUUUCUCUAAAGGUUGAGAUUUGGGGGAGGGGGAAAACAAGUGGCAAUAUAUCUUGAGACUUAUUUUAUAAAAAAAAACAAGGAAAGCUUGUAUUUUAUAUAUAGAUAUUAUUUAAUUUUAUUUUUUGAAAAUAAAACUUGAAGCUACAGGAAUUAAUAGAUUAAACUUUUUUUGUAUUGAAGAUGUAAUGGUGAUGUAAAAUGACACUGCGGUCAUUCAUAGCCCUCUUUGGGGCUGUUUGAGUAUAUCAUGCCAUUUUGAUGAAAUGUACACUUGUAUACAUACUGAAUCACUGUACAAACCAUGGCAACUGAACAACUUUUGUUUUGCUUUUUUUUCUGCCUAAAGAAACUGGAAUUAAGACUGUGUUUAGUGUUCAAAUGGAAUCUUUGACCACUUUUCUGUUAAAAUACUUUGGUGCUUGCUGAGAGGAAGCAAAAAAUAAACAACUGUUGCUCCAUUUUCAUUAAUUUCUUAUUUAAGUUAUUUUGGUCUUUUUUUUGCCAAUUUAAUUGUACAAUAAAGUAUGUUUGUACCAUUGGAAAAAUA